AUGUCAAACACGGCGGAUUCGGUCAUUGAGAAGCUGCCCAACACGGCCGAGCUAAAAGAAGAUGUCAAGGCAGCGUCUAAGUCUUCGCUGCAGUCGCUGCGGGCGCUGUUAGCGGGAGGUGUGGGUGGAGUGUUUGCUGUUGUGGUCGGCCAUCCCUUUGAUCUGGUCAAGGUGCGCAUGCAGACGGCAGAGAAGGGCGUCUACAGCGGGGCUAUGGACGUUGUGCGGAAAACCAUCGCAAAGGAAGGACUGGCGAGGGGGCUGUAUGCAGGUGUUUCUGCGCCGCUUGUUGGUGUAACGCCCAUGUUCGCGGUGUCCUUCUGGGGCUAUGAUCUCGGCAAACAACUCGUAUCCAGCGUAUCCAAGGUCGAGAACAACCAGUUCAGCGUCGCACAAGUCUCCGCCGCCGGUUUCUUCAGCGCCAUCCCCAUGACCAUCAUCACCGCACCCUUCGAGCGCGUAAAGGUGCUCCUACAGAUUCAGGGACAAAAGAACCUGGCGCCUGGCGAGAAGCCAAAAUACGCUGGUGGCAUGGAUGUGGUCAAGCAGCUAUACAAAGAGGGCGGCAUCAAGUCAGUGUACCGCGGCUCUGCCAUGACACUGGCGCGUGACGGCCCUGGAUCAGCCCUCUACUUUGCGACAUACGAGACCGUCAAGCGCAGUCUCACGCCAAAAGAUCCCGUCACCGGUCAGCCGGGGUCGCUGAGUAUGGGCGCCGUCAUGGUUGCUGGUGGUGCUGCCGGUAUCGCCAUGUGGAUACCCGUCUUCCCAGUUGACACCAUCAAGUCGCGGUUGCAAAGUGCCGAAGGCCGACCAACAAUCAGUGGAACUAUCAAGGGCAUCCACGCGAGCGGUGGUCUCAAGGCUUUCUUCCCUGGUAUUGGCCCAGCCAUGGCACGAGCAGUACCUGCCAACGCAGCCACCUUUGCCGGUGUAGAGCUUGCGCAAAAGGCAAUGACGAAGAUGUUCGACCGCGACGGCGAGUAA